AUGAAGUGGGCAUACAAGGAGGAGAACAACUUCGAGAAGCGUCGUGCUGAAGGAGACAAGAUUCGCAGAAAGUACCCAGACCGUAUUCCAGUUAUUGUUGAGAAGGCACCAAAAUCGAGACUCCGUGAUUUGGACAAGAAGAAGUACUUGGUUCCAUCGGACUUGACUGUGGGACAGUUCUAUUUCCUCAUCCGCAAGCGUAUUCAACUCCGUCCUGAAGAUGCUCUCUUCUUCUUCGUCAACAACGUCAUCCCACAAACCAUGACAACGAUGGGCCAACUCUACCAGGACCAUCACGAGGAGGACCUGUUCCUUUACAUCGCCUACAGUGACGAGAGUGUAUACGGAGGAGAGGUCGAGAAGAAGGAGUAG